AUGGGCAAUACAUUAUCAACCACUGCAUCCACAGAACCUGCCCCAUCGAGCUAUUCUGCCCAUUUCCAUACAGACACAAAAACGUCGAUCUCCAAGCGCAACCCUCAUCAGCCCGAUUCCAGACCAUCCACUGCUGGUUUCUCGCCAUCGGCUUAUAGCAGCUUACGUAAAACCGAAUCUUCGUCAACUCUAUCCAGCUCUGUACGCUUUUACAACCAUCCAAGCUUAUCAAACGCCUCCAUGUCAUCCAAAGUCUCAAAGAGCAGUGCACGGCGGAAACAGACUUCACCUACCGAUAAGGUUCUCGACAUUGGAAAACCAACACAAUUCGAGCAUGGUAUCCAUGUAGAGUACAACAAGAACAAUGGUCGAUUCAUGGGUCUUCCCGAUGUAUGGCAGCAAUCCUCAUUACCUAGCGACGACAUUCUUGACACCAAUUACAUCAAUCCGAAUCUCGUUCCUCAACCUAUGGAUACUCGACGUAAACAAUCCAUUGCAUCCGAUAGUGACGUUUACAAGACCACAGCCAAACGAUCACAGCAACAUACGCCUACAACAACAGCUACAGCUACAACAACAACUACAACAUCGUCAUCAACAUCAACAUUGAAAAAGUCACCUUCCAUCAUCGGGAAACCAUACAAUGUUCAACACAAUGUGCAUGUUCAAGUGGAUACGACAGGUAGUGGAUUGAUUGGAUUACCAUUGGAAUGGCAGCAUAUUUUGGAGGCAUCGGGUGUUCCUGAAGAAAUCAUGCUUGCACACCCAAAGAUGGUCAAGGACAUGAUGCAAAUGCGCAUGCCUGAAUCAUUACAAGCCAAUCAACUCAAGCAACCUCCUCCUCCGCCGCCGCCCGACUCGCCACAUUCACCCCACGAGAAUCAAAACACUCCGGAUCCAAAUCGACCUCGAAGCACUUUGCCUUUGGGCUUUGCACCACCCACACGAGCUCGUUCUUCAAAAUUAUUACAACUCGCCCAUUUAUCCAAAGAUGUUCCUCCAAUGCCAUCAUCGUCAUCGUCAUCGCUUAUUGCCAAGGAGAUGGAAGAUAUUGAACCACCCUCAUCCGCAUUGGCUGCUUCCGAAAGUCAUCUUUCACUUGAUUCAAGUUUCAUUGAUGAUCUUGUGGAUAAUGUGGAUCCUGAAACGGUCUAUAGCGAUUUCGUAUUGAUUGCAGAAGGUGAAUCUGGACCCAUGUUUGCUGCUAAACACAUUGCCACAGGUCGUUUGGUUGCCAUCAAAAAGAUUCCAAAGACUGCUACUCAAAAGCUGAGCAAAAUACGCAAUGAGUUGACGACCAUGAAGAUGAGCCGACAUCCUAAUGUGGUGGAAUACAUUGGUUGUUAUAUGACAGAGGAUGAGGUUUGGGUUGUCAUGGAAUGCAUGGAUGUAUCUCUCGCGGAUAUUAUUGCGGUCAACAUGGAAAAUCCUGAUGACGUGGUUUCAGAAGCACACAUGGCACGUAUUGCUCGUGACAUGUUGCGCGCGCUUUGCCGUAUUCAUCGCCUGCAUCGAAUCCAUCGUGAUAUCCGAAGCGACAAUGUGCUCUUGAGUCAACGUGGCGAGAUCAAGCUAUCCGACUUUAGUCAUUGCGCCCAAUUGACAAAGCAGCAACCCAACAGAAACUCUAUCGUUGGUACACCUUAUUGGAUGGCACCUGAGGUCAUCAAGGGCCAAGAGUAUGAUGCCAAGGCUGAUAUCUGGAGCUUGGGUGUAUUGAUGAUGGAAAUGAUGCAAGGAGAUCCACCCUAUGUGGAGUACCCACCCCUUCGAGCUGUUGUUUUGAUUGCAUCCAAUGGGUUACCACCACUCGAAGAAGCGGAUCGUUGGUCAAAAGAACUCAAAGAUUUUCUGCAACUUUGUACCAUGAUGGAUCCCAAAGAUCGGCCGGAUGCUGAAGAGCUUUUAAAGCAUGAUUUCUUUUCAAAUGUAGCAAAUACCGAUGACAUGAUUGCUUUGAUCGAUGAGACCAAACGGCUCGAGAUGCUACGUCACGAGGAAGAAGAAGAUGAUGACGAGGAUGAGGACGAAGUCAUGAUUCAAAAGUUGGCCGUUGCUGACUCCUAG